CCGUAGGGGAGCCGCAGCCGUCGCCCUGGCAACAGGCGAGAUCUCGGCCCGUUUGCUGCCCGUGAGCGGCAGCAGGAUUCUCCUAAACCGGGAGGAAUUCCACCGCGAAGCAACGGCGGCGUAGAUCUCCCGGUGGCCGACGGAAGCCGCGAUGGCCACGGGCAACCCGUCCGUGUUUCUGCUCACGGUUAACGGACAGAUUGAGGGCGCGAACUUUCCGGAGUAUGACAACUUGUACUGUAAAUAUUGUUUCGUCUACGGCCACGACUGGGCUCCCACCUCGGGGCUGGAGGAAGGCAUCACUCAAAUAACGUGUAAAGGCCGUCAGUCAUCACACAAGUUAAUAUGGAACUUCCCUCUGGAGACAACGUUCAAGAGCACAAACCCCUCUGGAUGUGAGCAUCGUACACACACGCCUGGAAGCCGCCUCCUUCCUUCACGGCCUCAGCUGGUGGUGAGCGUGUACGGGCCAGAUGUGUUUGGCAACGACGUGGUCAGAGGCUACGGAGCAACACACAUCCCCUUCACACCUGGACAACACACACGAAUAAUCCCCAUGUUUGUUCCUGAGCCCACGUGGAGACUCCAGAAAUUCACCAGCUGGCUGCUGGGGCGGCGGCCCGAGUACACAGACCCCAAAGUAGUGGCCCAGGGCGAAGGCAGAGAAGUGACGCGGGUUCAAUCCCAAGGCUUCGUCACCGUCUCCUUCCACAUCAUCACCAAAGACAUGAAGAAGAUGGGCUACGACGUCGGGCCGCCGAGCUCGGCCAUCGCACCGUCCGCCACAUCUGGCUGGUCCACGGAGGAGCAGCCGCACGGCCUGUAAGGGCGCCAACGGGGGACGUAGUCAGUUAUGUUGGAUGUUUAGCACCCUGCAAAACAAAGGCAGGACAUUCAUGUUAAACAACGCGUGUGCUAAGUUCUAAAUAGUGCACACACUUUAAGCAACACAUUUAUUUAUUUUAACAUCUUUUUAAAUUCUUUCUCUUUUGUACCUUUUUAAAAAUAAAUACGCUACUUCUGAUUUGUC